AGGUCAGAUAAAACAGGAGCAAGAAGAAGAAGAGGAAGAAGAAGAAGAAGUCAAACCAAAAUGGCGGAGGCGGGCGUGGAGACGGCCACCUCCUCGGCUCGAUUCUUCUGUCACAAGUGCAAUGUCGAGAUCACGCCGCAGCUACCCGACUAUGUAUGCCCACGAUGCAAUAGUGGCUUCAUUGAGGAGCUGGAGCGUACACACGUCUCAGACAGUGACAGUUCAAGUGACACAGAAAUGGAACCCUUUGAUAUGCUGAAUUUGAUAACCCAGGAACCUCCACCCAUACCUGGUGCCUCUGCUGCCUCCACAGCAUCCUCCUCGGUGCCUGGACCACGAAUAAGUCAGCGGUUGAGACACCUAAAUCCCAGACACAGUCGAAGAAGGGUUAGCGGAGGAGAUCGGCAUUCUGCACUCGCCCCCCUCAUACACGACCUCAUAAUGCAGAUGACCUCAGGAGUCAUUGAGGCCAGUGUAGGAGGAACAGAUUACGUUCCGCAGAUGGGAAUUGACUGGCCAGGUUUUCCAGUUUUAGUGGCCUCCAACCUAGCCUCCAACCCUGGUGACUAUGCAUGGGGGCGAGGGGGUCUGGACACAAUCAUCACGCAGCUCAUGAACCAGCUGGAUGGGACUGGUCCUCCACCUCUCACGAAAGAACAGAUCUCCCAAAUACCUACAUCAAAAAUCACCAAAGAGCAAUGUGAUAAGGGUCUACAAUGUUCUGUGUGUAUGGAAGACUUUACCGUAGACGAGUCUGUGCGACGCCUGGACUGUGACCACUUUUUCCACAAUGACUGCAUCAUUCCUUGGUUAGAACUGCAUGGAACCUGUCCAAUUUGCCGCAAGUUGCUCGAAGUGGGCGGGCGGCGAGAGCUUGGAACUCCAUCAGUCCCUGGAGAAAACAGCCCUAGCUCUGGUCCAAGGUGAGCAGGUUAGUGAGAUCCCAGGUGGAAGUCCCGUCAUCCCUCCCAAGCAGUAGCAAUGCAUCUUCCUCGUCCUCCACUAGCACCAGUUCCCCCACGGCUAGACCAUUGUUUGAGGAAGAGCUGGAUUGAUGUUUGGAGGAUUUUCUUAUUUAGUGUUUUCUGUUUAUACAUCACAACAGCACUAUAAUUGUUUGCUCAACUUUUAUGCUGUUCAAACAUGUGCAAAGAACUAAUAGCUUUUACAUUAAGUGAGAGGUAUGUAAUAUACAUUUAUCAUAAAACAGAGUAUUUUGUGUUUAAAGACAGGAACCUAUCAUUUGUAAAGUUAUUUGUGUCCACAAGUGAGGUUGGGUCAGGAGUUUUGUUGCCCACAGAAUAAAAAAUUGUUAUAAAAUCUUCAAUAAAUGGAAGAUGAAAACUUCAAAUAGCAUUUAAAUCUUUAUUGUUGAUUACAUCUUCCUUAGUUUUGAACUACUUUAUAAAUAACCUGCUGCAACUCCUUGAGCUGUAUUUUUCUAUUUUCUUAAUUUACAUUCAUAAUCUUGUGCUCUGGCCCCUGCACAGCGGGGUGCAACAACUUCAUCUCGACAUUCUCACCAGGGUUCCCUAGCCACUCAUAAACCUUCAGUAUCAUGAUUCCUUAGCUAGUUGUACCUUCCUGGUGGGUGUACUGCUGUGAAUCAAAAUUACAUACAGGGUGUCCCGGUUAUUCAUCGUUUCACUCUUUCAUCAGCAAUAUUUUGUGGAAGGAAACAAAACUUUUCCAGUUCUUUUGUCAUUGUGACAAAAUACUUUCGCAUCGGGUGUGCCGAGGAUGUUAGGGUGUCCACAUGAGCACAGUCCUUCACCUCCGCUCAGCAUUCUAUGCCAUUCUCCCACCACUGCCACUCACACAAGCCUAUCAGUCCCUAAGUUACUAGUAAGUAAUAACUGCCACAAUGUUUUCCUUAGUUAUACUAUAUUGCAUUCUUUUCCUAAAGGAACACUACUAUGUAUUUUGUGUUUGAUUUAUACUUACAGGUUAAAGGGGAUAAUGUUUUGCAGGCCAGAACAGUCAACUUUAGAGACACAGACUUAAUUUCUAGAUAAAUAUGAUGCUUUGUCAUGUGGAAAUGGUUGGUACCACCACAAAAUAGCUAUAAAAGCACUAGAGCAUAUUUGCUUAUAAGAUACAAUUUUAGUAGUGAUAGGUUUUGCAGUGAUUGGUUACUAUUAGCAUACAAUUUUAGUGGUGUUAGGUUACUAUUUUCAUGCCCAUAGGUUACUAUCCGUUAGGUAACACUGGGGUUGUUAGUUUAUAAACAUGGGGCUCAAGACAGCUGAAUGUACUACACUGUGAUGCUUGUCAUGUGUCUUGACAGCCAAAACACAGUGCUACUUCUGCAACAAGCUUGCACUAGUGUUACUGUAGCUGUUCUGUGGUGGAGAAAAUUAUGUUCAUGUGAAAAAGCAUCAUACUUUUCCCAAAUGUUUAAUAGUUCGUCAAGUCUUGAUUAGUCAUAUUUUUUUCGGUAUAUAUCCUUGACGAAUAACGGGGACCCCCUGAAUGUACAAUUGUUAAAUAAACGGCAGUUGUUCAUUUUCAGGUCAUCUUUUUAUUUUAUUUGUAUGAGAAGAUAACAUCUUUAUGAAAAUACUUGCUUCAUAGCAACCCCAUAAUGCCAUAGCAUUGCAAUGAUUAGCUUGUGAUGGAAGGGUGACAGGCUUUUCUUGCAGUAGUGUCAUGGUUGUGUCAGACAAACACUGAUGCACCAAACGAUCACAUGAUACAUUUUUCCUCUGGCAUGUUGUUAAUUACAGUAUCAGCUACAUGACCUUUUCUCAUGCAUAUAAUCAUCCAGAAGAGGUUUUGAUAUUGCAGCUUGAGAUAGUUGUUGAAAAAUUUAUAAUUUUUUGUUUUAACAGCAUUAGGUAGCUCUGAGAGAAAAUUUUAAAUUUCACAACUGUUACAAGUGGGCUUUUUGAUAGUGAUUUAGAUAUCAAGAUUGUUAUUAAGUUUCAUAUGUAGUAAUUUAGCAGCAUCAGUGCAGUGUAUCAAAAUCAUAAGUAAAUAAUAGAGCUUGAGAAAAAUCUUCUCCGACCAACUCUACAGAGCACACUUGGCAGCACUGACAGUUAGCUAUGGAGGUACAGCACUUAGGGGCCCUGGUCUAGUCUCAUUUUGGACACCAUUUGUUUAUGAAUUGUAACACUGAAAAUAGGCACAUAGUGAUGCAGAAAUCAACAGUGGUUUUAAUGUGACAUAUUGCACAGAUGAGCCGUGGCAAAUAUUGCACAUUGUAGAACAUCACAAAGAACUGAAGUACAAUUGCUUGGAUUGAUUUUUAUUCCUGAUUAAGUUAACACGGUUUCAUGACAGGAUUCAACAAAAUUAAAAUUGACGAUUUUUUUUAUAAAGUUAGAUUGUGAAUACUGGCUCAAUAUUUACUACUUCAAAGUGACUUUAGUCUUAUAUGUAAACAGUUUAAUGAACUCUUGUGGCCUGAUGGAUCCUGGAUUAUAAAUUUCAGUUUAGUGUUUGUCACAAUCUGACAAAUGUGGAAGGGAAUUACUUUAUUUGUGACACUCAAGGUGAAAAUAUAUUCUUUAGUUCUGUGUGAGGUGGUGAAUUAUGUGAAAAAACUGUGACAGUUUCCAUGUGACAGGUAGGCAGGCGGAGGGGGAUGGAUGUAUAAGCCAGCCUUAGGGUUUUCUUUUCAUUUUUUACACAUUUCAGUCCUAUGUGGAUAACCUUCAGAAUGUGCAGCACAGGAGGCACCAGGUGUUUAUGUUGAUGGAUUGACUGACAUAGUGUAGGAACUCCCUAGCAAAGAUUUGGGUGCCUCUACAUUACAUCCACUCACAUACUGUUAGUGUUCUGUGUCUGUUCUGUAAGUUUUCAGUGAGGGAAGGAUUUUCAGCAAAAAUUGCCUCAUGGAAAGACAUGAUCCAUGCUCAUAUCAGUCAGUCAGUCAUUCUCUCUUUCUCUGUAUCUUUUUCUCUCUCUGUUUAUCUUUUAUCUCUGUCUCAGCAACACACACACACACACACACACACACACACAUGUACACACACGUACACAGACAAAACCUUGAGCUUAGCUCAAGUUCCAUGUACUACAUGGUGAAUAAAUAUGUUCUAGAUAUAUCUGCAUUGUAUACAAUUUGUGUGAAGUGAUAUCAAGCUUCACGACAAAUAGAAAAUGUAUUAUUGUAACUUCAGCCUAAUCCUUUUUACCGAGCAGCUUUGCAAAUACAUUGAUGCUGUAUAUGUGGUUGUGAGGAUUAGGUGAAAGGAAAGAAUAGGAAGAAAAUGUAUUUCAUGAUAUUGUAUAGUUCAGAACAUUAUACCAAAAAAUUUGAAACAUUACAAAAUGUCAAUUUAAAUAUACCUACAAAAUUAUUCAUUAAAAUUAUCAAAUUUUA